AUGGCUACCAUCAACCAGAACAAGCCUCCGUCCAGUCCUUCACAGAACAAGUAUAUUGUUGAUAAGGUUCCAGUAGAAAGGAGACGGAAAAUGCCGCUCAACACUGGGAUAAGGGUGCGGAAAGCAUUUUCGGUAGUUAAUGGGGGGCAAGAUUUACCUCCAAUUAGUGGGCCACCAAGCAGUUCAGGUUCCGAAUGUGGAGUAAACGAGUUCACCAAAGAGGAAGUAGAAGCCCUACUUAACGAGAAGCUCAAAGUUAAAAACAAGUUUAAUUACAAGGAAAAAAGCGAACAAAUGGCUGAGUGCAUAAAGAAGCUAAAGCAAUGUAUAAAGUGGUUCCAGCAACUCGAAGGAAAUUAUGUUACUGAGCAAGGGAAACUAAAGGAUUUGUUGGAAGUAGCAGAAAAGAGGUCUAAUGAUAUGGAGUCGUUGAUGAAAGCAAAACAAGAUGAGUUGAAUUCCAUUAUUAUGGAGCUGCGCAGAAAAUUGGAGGAUCUGCAAGGGAAUUUUGCCAAUGAAGAACGAGAUAAAUUGGAAGCAUUAGAUUCUUUGGCAAAUGAGAAGGACAACAGACUUGCUGCUGAGAAGUUGCAAGCUUCCAUUUCAGCAGAACUGAAACGAGUUCAAGAAGACAAUGCUACUGGCGUUCAGAAAAUACAGACACUUAAUGAUAUGUAUAAGAGAUUACAGGAGUAUAACACAAGCUUACAACAGUAUAAUAGUAGACUGCAGUCAGAACUUCAGGCAACAAAUGAGACACUAAAGCGUGUGGAGAAGGAGAAGGCAGCAGUAGUAGAGAACCUAAGUACACUGAGGGGCCACUAUACUUCCUUGCAAGAGCAGCUUACGUCCUCAAGAGCAUUGCAAGAUGAGGCUAUGAAACAAAAGGAAGCACUGGGUAGUGAAGUUACUAGCUUGAGAUGUGAUCUGCAGCAAGUACGAGAUGACCGAGACCGACAAUUGUUACAAGUCCAGGCUCUAUUGACUGAAGUUGCAAAAUACAAAGAAUGUACUGGAAAAUCCAUUGCCGAGUUAGACAACUUGACAACUAAAACAACUGAUCUCGAGUCGACAUGUUUGUCUCAAAGUGAGCAGAUAAGAAGAUUACAGGAGCAGCUUGCUUUUUCAGAAAAGAAAUUGAAGCUAUCUGAUAUGUCGGCAUUGGAGGUCAGAUCUGAGUUCGAGGAACAAAAGACAAUCAUUUUUGAGUUACAGAAUCGUCUUGCUGAUGCAGAGUCAAAGAUUGUAGAAGGGGAAAAACUUCGCAAAAAAUUGCACAACACUAUCCUGGAGUUGAAAGGGAACAUCCGUGUCUUUUGUAGAGUGAGGCCCCUUUUGUCCGAUGAUGGAGUCAGAAACGAUGCUAAAGUUGUCUCAUUUCCAACGUCAACGGAAACAUUGGGACGAGGCAUUGAUUUGGCACACAACGGGCAAAAGCUUUCUUUCACUUUCGAUAAAGUGUUCAUGCCCGAUGCUUCUCAGGAAGAUGUUUUUGUGGAGAUCUCACAGCUUGUUCAGAGUGCACUUGAUGGCUAUAAGGUAUGCAUCUUUGCUUAUGGCCAAACAGGUUCAGGCAAGACACAUACAAUGAUGGGUAAGCCAGGACUACCCGAUCAGAAAGGUAUCAUUCCAAGAUCACUAGAGCAGGUGUUUGAGACGAGGAAAAUUCUUCAAGCCCAAGGAUGGAAGUAUGAUAUGCAGGUUUCAAUGCUUGAAAUAUAUAAUGAAACAAUUCGUGACUUGCUAGCACCGAAUAGAACAUGUUCUGAUGCCUCAGGAGCAGAAAAUGCUGGAAAGCAAUAUGCAAUCAAACACGAUGCCAAUGGAAACACUCAUGUUUCUGAUCUAACGGUUGUGGAUGUUCGAAAUAGCAAGGAGGUUUCUUAUCUCUUGGAAAGAGCAGCACAAAGCAGGUCAGUAGGCAAGACUCAAAUGAACGAACAGUCUUCAAGGAGUCACUUUGUCUUCACAUUAAGAAUAAUGGGUUUUAAUGAGAACACUGACCAGCAAGUGCAAGGUGUUCUUAACCUGAUUGACCUUGCCGGUAGUGAGCGUUUGUCGAAGAGCGGAUCUACAGGGGAUCGACUGAAAGAAACUCAGGCCAUCAAUAAGAGUUUAUCAUCAUUAAGUGACGUUAUAUUUGCUUUGGCCAAGAAGGAGGAACAUGUGCCCUACAGAAACUCCAAGCUAACCUAUCUUCUUCAGCCUUGCUUAGGUGGAGACUCAAAGACUUUGAUGUUCGUUAAUGUUUCUCCGGAUCCUUCAUCAGAGGCAAGAAACCCUAUCCAUCAUCUUCUUCCACAUAACAACUUAUCUCCACCACACUUCCAACUCCCGACUAGGCGCCGGCGACCGACCACAGCCGCGGUUCACCCAUGUCCAGCCGAGCUCCCGCGUCACCUUCAUGGACCAGCUCCCGCUGCACCUUCACGCCACGGUGCCAGCUCGAGCCUAAGUCGCGCUUCUCUGGCUACCACAGCUUACGCCUCGCUGGAGCAGCUCACCAACAGUGAACCCCGUCGAGCCGCAGCUCUUCCCGUCGAGUCCGCCUUCAAACACGCCGGUUCCAGCUCCUCGCCGGAAAAAGCACGGCCACGACGAGCCUCUCUUGUCGCCGUCCAGCAAGCUCGCCGCCGUCACUUGCAACAGCUCUGUCCGCCGGCGACCCAUUUUCCGGCGAACCAAAGCAAUCGAUCGCACGUCCUCAGCUCAAGCUUGCGUCGCCGAGUCGACUCACGGCGGAAUCGCGCCGACGAGCACGCCCUACCUCAGACCCGACCCUAA